UGUUCGGCUGGGCUGCCGGCACUCAGCGAGCGGCUGGGGAUUACGUGACCCUGCUCCCCAGUGGCCCAGCCCUCCCCAUCCGGAGCUCGGGCGUCAGGGCCUGGCACUCGCUGCAGAGGGGCCCUCGGGGCGCCACGAGCCUGGUACCAGCCUUCUGCUGGAGAGGCGCGAUAGACCUUCCUGCCUCGAAGAGCCGGCCGGAUCUCCUCUGAUUCGCGGUACUCAAGCUCUGUAGGUUCUUGCUUUUCCAAACAGAGAGGGCACUGCACGAAGCCAGGGGUCAUCAGCCAUGCUCCAGAAAUGGUCCCAGGAAUCAGUGAGCUUUGAGGACGUGGCCGUGUACUUCACCCAGAACCAAUGAGCCAGCCUGGACUCUGUGCAGAGGACCCUGUAUAGGGAGGUGAUGCUGGAGAAUUAUGCAAACGUAACUUCCUUGGCAGCAUUUCCGUUCCCCAAACCAGAUCUGAUAUUCCAGCUGGAGCGAGGGGAAGCAGCAGGGGGCCUGGAUCCCUGGACACCCAUCAGGAGAGAGGUGACAGGUGUCUGCACAGGUUGUAAAACCAAGACUGAGAAUGGAGGGCAAACUCCAGAGCUGAGCAUUUCUAAAGGACCAGAGUCACACAGACCGAUAAUGGAGGUACUGGUGGUGGAUGUUCCCCAGCACCCUCACUUUGAGAACAGCUUAGAGAAGCUGAAGCUGUAUGACAUGGGGAAGAAAACAAACUCAAAGAAUGGCGAUUUCACAGAUUUGUCAGUCCAGGAUCAUAUAUCUUCCACUGUUGAAAGAGAAGAGAUAGCCAGACAACUGGAAGGAAGAUGUGGUGUCCACACACAUCUCAUUGCAAAGCAGGGCCUCCCUAGAGAACAGGUAUUUUAUAAAUGUGGUGAGUGUGGCAGAUAUUUCAACCAACGUUCAGACCUUCACCAGCAUCAGAGAAUUCACACGAAUGAGAAGCCCUACAAAUGCAAAGAAUGUGGGAAAGCCUUCAGAUAUAACUCAAAACUGUCACGGCACCAGAAAAUCCACACUGGGGAGAAACUGUACCCGUGCCAGGAAUGUGGACAAGCCUUCAGUCAAAACUCCCACCUCCUUUAGCAUCAGAAACUCCAUGGGGGAGAGAAACCCUAUGAAUGUAGGGACUGUGGGAAAACCUUCAGCUACAACUCAAAACUUAUCCGGCAUCAUCGAAUCCACACUGGGGAGAAACCCUUUAAAUGUAAGGAAUGUGGGAAGGCCUUUCAGUGUAGCUAUGACUGCGUCAUCCAUGAGCGAAUCCACACUGGGGAGAAGCCAUAUGAAUGUAAGGAAUGUGGGAAAAGCUUCAGCUCGAAUUCAGUCCUGAUUCAGCAUCAGAGAAUCCACACUGGGGAGAAACCUUACGAAUGUAAAGAGUGCGGCAAGGCUUUCCGCCAGAGUUCGUUAUUUCUCCAACACCAGAGGUUCCACACUGGGGAAAAACUCUAUAAGUGUCAUGAAUGUUGGAAAACUUUCAGUUGUAGCUCACGCUUUAUAAUACAUCAGAGAAUCCACACUGGGGAGAAACCUUAUGAAUGCCAGGAGUGUGGGAAGGCGUUCAAUCAGAAAAUCACCCUGGUUCAGCACCAGCGAGUUCACACUGGGGAGAAGCCUUACGAGUGUAAGGUGUGCGGGAAAUCUUUCAAAUGGAGCGCAAGUUUCAUUCAGCAUCAGAAACUGCAUACUAGGAAGAAACCUGCCCAAGUUACAGGGCCAUCCCUCGUUAAGCCCCACUGCCCCACUUCAGUCCUCUCCCCUCCACCUCCCCAACUUGCAAGCCCUGCCCCAGCCAUGCCAGGGUCUCCCCCGUCUUCUUCAUGUGCAGUGCUGCUUCCUUCCUCUGUGCCUCUCUUCAUGCUGCUCCCCUCAUCUGAAAUGGCCAAGUCUUCACCUGUCCAAAUCAUGCAUUUCUUUCAGGAUCUUGCUUCUCCUGGGAAGUCAUCCCCUCAUAUCCUGAACCCUUUAUCUCAUUCCCCCUGAGCUCCCUCAUGUUCUCAACUCCAUUGUCCCUAGGGUAGCAGACUUUCCUCUGGUCUCCUGGUCAUGUCUUUAAUGAUACUCUUCUGGUCUUCCAUAAGUAAAUCAUUAUUGUUUUCCCAGCUCCA